GACUGUCAGAUUUUAUGCUUGAACCUUUCAUUUCAAACUACAUUCUUACAUCUCGAACAAUACAUAGUACAGAAUGCGACCCGCCACAACAAACGAAAAAAGACAGUUUGUGAAAGACCUCUUCAAAGCGGAAGAAAGGCUUGUCGCAUUCAGUAAAUACUUCCAAGUCUACGACUGCUUGACGAGUCCCAAAUAUGCAAUAACUCAAGUACAUCCUUCCGCCUUGAAUUCUCAUGGUGAUAUUCGAAUGUUAGCUCUAGAACUGAGAGAAAACCCACAAAGAACACGCGAAGAAUUCAAGGCUAAAGUAUUUCCACAGAUUUCGACAGAUCCAGAGAUCGUGAUCGACCAGGAGCGUGCUAUUAAUGUCGCCGUACAAAUUACGUUGAUGAUUGAUUGUUCUGGUAAAGAGCGUCAUUACGAAGGCUACAAGGUUGGGGAUUUUCGGCCAGUCAGCUGGAAUAGUUCAGAACCGUUCGCCGAUUUUGUUAAAAAAGUCUUUCCAAUAAAUGUUCACGAUCAGGAGAAAGCUCGGACGGCAUUGAGAGAGAAGAAUGCCUUGAAAUGUUGGAAGUUAAGGAAGCGCGCACAUAUAAAGUUCUUCCCGACAGACAACUUAGCAGAGCACCUCCUCUACGACCCCCAAGAUAACGUCGUCCGUCUCUUCCGUCAAACAGCAUUCCUAAAAGCCCAUCUACGACUUUCCGCUAGCCAACCUAUCGAGCUCGGAAUUGCUGAAAGUCUUAAAUUAGGAACGUUACCACCGCAACUGCUUCUAGAGACAUUACAUUCCUUGCAAAGCAUAUUGUUCCCUCCAGCCGAUGAAAAGUCGUCUCGAUUCCUGGAAAACAUUAUUCAAGAUGCAGAACCAAAUUUUGACCCCGAUUGCCUGCUUUAUAAGGGAUACAAUAGAACAGUGCCGGAAAAUUUCGAAUAUCAUUACUGGGGUGAUCGGCUUGCUAAGCUAAACCAGAUUGUGACACAUCCGAGGUCCAGUCAUCGCAUUGGGAAGUGGAUACAGAGCAAUGCUUCGGAGAGGAAUGUCUUGUUUGUGGCAAUCUUGUCUCUUGUGCUUUCUGCAAUUUUUGGUUGCUUAAGCGUUAUUUUGGGAAUAUUUCAGGCAUGGGUUGCAUAUAUGUCUUGGAAAGCGCAGGUAAAUGCUCCGAAAGCCCCGUGAAAUGUUGACGUUGGAUGCGUAGGAGGACUUGUAAAUUGAUGACAGUUGCCUCUGAGAUGACUAUGCGUCCAUAUGUAGUGUCUAAGAGAAAUUGAUCUGACAGUAAUUUCAUAAAAGUGCAUGUGAAUAGAAGCGAGCGCGAUGGGGGGCUCAGCGGAGCAAAUUGGGGGAGUGAUGGUUCAGAGGGUGCUAGGGCAAUGAUGUCCGAUAGUCAUGGCACAAUUAUGGAGAUAUUGAGUUGGAGUAAAUUAAGUGAAGGA